CCACAAGCCCAAGCCCAAAUACUAAGUAUCCUAAUCCAUAUUCGUUUCCUAAUCUCUCCACUAAACUCCACUACCCUGCGCCGCCACCUGCCGCCGCCGUCUUCCGAUUACCCUAAAAUGUCAAUUUCUUACUCUCCUUGUUUCCAGCCACUCAAAGUUUUCCCUAAAAACAGUCAUAUUCAUUCAAAAAUCGGCAAUUCAACGUUGAAACGAUGUACUUUAAUUGGAUGUAUGAAAAAACCACGUGAAGAUUGCUCACUCGAAGCAAAGGUUGAUUUCUUACUAGAUCGUGUCAAAUGGGAUGACAAAGGACUGGCAGUUGCAAUAGCCCAAAAUGUUGAUACAGGAGCGGUCUUAAUGCAAGGAUUUGCAAACAGAGAGGCUCUGUCAACAACAAUCUCAUCACGUAAAGCAACAUUUUAUAGCCGGUCACGGUCAUCUUUAUGGACAAAAGGAGAGACCUCCAAUAAUUUUAUCAAUGUUUUUGAUGUCUUUCUUGAUUGUGAUCGUGAUUCUAUUAUAUAUCUGGGGAAGCCUGAUGGCCCAACAUGCCACACGGGGUCAGAGACAUGUUAUUACACACCAGUUGAUGAACUUCUGAAAAAUCCAGAGGUUGAGAAAAACGAGCUGGCUUUGACAACUCUAUACGCAUUAGAAUCUACAAUCAACCAAAGGAAGGCAGAAACGUCCAGCUCUUCAAAUGGAAAACCCUCGUGGACAAAGCGAUUGUUGCUUGAUGACAAGUUGCUUUGCUCCAAAAUUCGAGAGGAGGCUGACGAGUUAUGCCGAACUUUGGAGCAAAACGAGGAUAAUGGACGGACUGCCUCAGAGAUGGCAGAUGUCUUGUAUCAUGCCAUGGUUUUGCUUUCUCUUAGAGGAGUAAAACUCGAGGAAGUUAUGCAAGUCCUAAGACAAAGGUUUUCAAAGUCAGGCAUUGAAGAAAAAAAUAGCCGGAAAUCCUAAAACAUAUGGGUAUACAGUUGAAGAAGGCCUCAUUAUUAUCGACGAUUGUUCUUUGCUUUCUACAAAAGAGUUUGAGAGAGAGGGAGCAUGCAAAAGCAUUGAAAGCUCCUCCCUAUGUCAAUAUAGAUUAUAUUGAUGUAAUUUUGCUAAACUAUGGUAACAUAUAUGUAUUUUUGAUUCUCAUCAUUUUUGUAGUUUGAUGUGAGAUGAAUGGUUUUCCUAUUGUUAAAAUUCUCUUUAUUUUUGUAA